GCGGCGGGGACGAUGGUGUUUUGAUCCCUGACGUCGGCAUGUCAGGCGAUCUCCCUGCGGUGGAGCAGUCUGGUUCGCUCGCACCGACACACCAGGCAUUGGAGCGAGAGGGAGGACAAGUUGAAAUCGAAAGGAGGGAAGCAGGGGACGCAGUCAGAGAAAAGAGGCUGCUGAGGAACGCGAGCGGAAGGCACGAGAGGCAAUCGAGAAGCUACAAACGGACAUGGAGAGAGUGAAGGCCGACAUCGAACGUGCUUUGAGGAAGAAUGAGAAGUGCCAAUCCAAGGCCCCACGAGUGAGGUUGCCACGCCGCUGUAGGGAGAAAGCUCAAGAAAAGGACGGGCCCAAAGAAAUGGCGGCCCUUGACUUUCGAUCUAUGCAUAAUGAGGUGCCCUUUGUGUGGCUAAAGGAGCAUUUUGAAGUGGACGAGAGGCCAAGCCAGAUUGAAGGCCAAGGGGCGUUUCUCAAGCGAUGCGCACGCAAAGGCAAAACAGUGCAUACGUCGGUGUUGCCUAGCUCCGAAUUCGACGAUAUUUUUACGAUAGAACAGUACGACUGCUGCUAUCGCGUGAUUCAUGCUGAAAAGAGCGGGGUAGUGUACAUCGACCCAGGUGCUCUUUUCCGAGGCAACUUGAUGGGGUGCCUGGAAGACAUGGGAAGUCGGAUGAUUCGUCUUCUAAAUCAUUGCAGCUCGCCCAAUGCGGAGCUAACUUUCAGCGGCAGCUCCUGACUGGUAUGAAUCAACGAAAGCUGGACAGGCGGUGAUUACAACCUGGUACACGUGCUCACUCGUAACUCUUCGACCCGUGCGAGCAGGGGAAGAACUUACGAUUCGCUAUGCCAGGGUUACGCCCGAGUAGGAGCGGGGUAAGCUGGACAGG